GCACCGCUCUACCCCUCCCCGGCCAACUCUAGGGUUUAGCGGCCGCGCCUCUCCACCCGCCGCCGUCUCUCGGCACCACCCGAGCCUCCAAUGGAAGUCGACCCCGAACCGUCCGCGGAGAGCAAGCCCGUCGAGAUGGACCUCGAGGACCAGGUACGCCGCCGCCACCACCGAACUGAUCCCCUCGGUAAUUUGUUUCCCCUUUUUUGGGGUUUUGAUGCAAUUAUUCCUAUGCUUUCUCUAUGGCCCGCGCAGGUGGACGCGAAGGGGAAGGGCAUGGCCGAUUCUGACGAAGGGAAGGGGAAGGGCGAGGAGCUCGCGGACUCCAUCGGGAACCUAUCCAUCGGCUCGGGCCGCACCAACUUCAAGAAGAAGCCGGUGAUCAUCCUCGUCAUCGGCAUGGCUGGGACGGGGAAGACCACCUUCAUGCACCGUCUGGUGUGCCAUAUGCAGGCAAAAUCGAACAUGAGGGGUUACGUGCUCAACCUUGACCCGGCGGUGAUGACGCUGCCGUUCGGGGCCAACAUUGAUAUCCGCGACACUGUGCGGUACAAGGAGGUGAUGAAGGAGUACGGGCUUGGUCCCAAUGGUGGUAUCCUUACCUCGCUCAACCUGUUCUCAACAAAGUUUGACGAGGUUAUAUCUGUUAUCGAAAGGCGAGCAGACCAGCUGGAUUAUGUUCUGGUUGACACCCCAGGGCAGAUUGAAAUCUUCACUUGGUCGGCUUCAGGAGCUAUCAUAACCGAAGCUUUUGCAUCAACAUUUCCAACGGUGGUUGCAUAUGUUGUUGACACUCCCAGGUCGACAAGCCCUGUAACAUUUAUGAGCAACAUGAUGUAUGCGUGCAGUAUCCUCUACAAGACCCGUUUGCCUCUGGUUCUGACAUUUAACAAGGUUGAUGUAGCUAAGCACGAGUUUGCUGUUGAGUGGAUGCAAGACUUUGAAGCAUUUCAGACAGCUUUGGAUUCUGACUCAUCGUACACCUCUUCAUUUACCCGAAGUCUCUCUCUUGUGUUGGAUGAAUUCUACAAGAACCUGCGUUCUGUUGGAGUAUCUGCGGUAUCUGGUACUGGAGUUGAUGCAUUUUUUGAAGCUAUAGAAGCAAGUGCCAAUGAAUACAUGGAGACUUACAGGGCUGAUCUGGACAAGAGGAUUGCUGAAAAGGAGAGACUAGAGGCUGAGCGUAGAAACGAGAACAUGGAAAGAUUGAGGAGAGAUAUGGAGAAGUCCAAAGGACAAACUGUGGUGCUCAGCACUGGUUUGAAGGACAAAAUUCCGUCUUCAGAAAUGAUGGGUGAUGCAGAUGAGGAGGAAGAAGAUGAGGCGUUGGAGGAUUUCAGGAUUUCUGAGGAUGAUGAUGAUGAGGAUGAAGUAGAAGAUGAUGAAGUGAAUCAUUUGGGCUAUUAA